AUGGCGGUACCUUCACCUUGGAAAGCAAGAAUAGGGAGUACAUUGAAUGAGGUCGAAAUACACAAGAUCAUGGGUGCCUGGUUACCACAAAACUCGUGCCAGGAGUCGCAUUAUCGGGCAUUCACGAGGCUACUAGCGAAAUAUGGAAUAAAGAAUAAAGUGGCCACACUUUAUCAUCCCCAAUCAAGUGGGCAAGUUGAAGUUUCCAAUCGGGAGAUAAAGAACAUUCUACCAAAGACUGUUAAUGCAAACUGGACCGAUUGGUCAAGGAAGCUAGAUGACGUAUUGUGGGCAUACUGCAUGGCUUACAAAACUCUUAUUGGAACUUCUACUUAUUGGUUAGUCUUCGGCAAGGCUUAUCAUCUACCCGUGGAACUGGAGCACAUAGCCAUGUGGGCUUUAAAGAGAUUGAACUUGGACUGGGGUGAAGCUGUAAAUUUGAGGCUAACAUAA